ACGCGUCGCAAAAUUAAACGUGAAAAGUAUAAGUGAAUAAAAGUGUGUGAUUUGUUUUUUAAAAAAUGCCUAAACGUAAAAUUAGUACGGACAAGAAGAAUGAAAUGAAAAAACUCAACAAAAAACUUAAGAAAAUUCAAGAAAAACUAGAUCGUCUGGAGUCAAGCGAUUCUUCUUCUUCCACAUCGUCUAGCGAAAUAUCAGACUCCCAUUCAGAAGUGGAACAAAUAAAUAGCGAAGAAAUACCAAACUCAUUACAAGAUGCAGACCAGGCAGAAAUAAAUUUUGAUUUUUUCGGCAUCAAACCAGUAGACAGGGCACAAGUUGGUGCAGCAAUGCACAACGAAAUAGCAGUUCGCUGGAGUGCAGUGCUGCAAUCUGGCCUAGGCAGUGCACAAAGGAAUGAGAUUAUAGGGAAAUACAAAAUUCCCGAAAACUGCCUAGAAUUACUCCCUCCAAAAACCAAUGAGGAAAUACAGCCUUGCCUUCCAGAGAGUGUAGCAAAACAUGAUAACUUUAUCACAGCUUUGCAGCUACAACUAGGUCAUGGUCUUGCAGCCAUCGCCACCGUAAUCACCAAAAAUCUCACAGUCGCAGAACAAGCUAAUGAUAACCAAAUACUAGGGGAAGCGUGCCAAAUAAUCGCAAAUGUACACAACGCCCUUUCGAUCCACAGGAAGUUUAAAAUUGUGCCACAUUUACAUCCUGAUUGUGCCCGAGUAGCCAAAGGUAUAAAAAUGGAUGAACACCUAUUCGGGAAAUACUUUCAUGAGGUUUUCAAAACUAAUCAAGCAUUAAGAAAGUCAAGUUUGCAACUGAAGAAAAGAGCAAUUCCUACACCAAUUGCUGGGCCUUCUGGCACGCAACAAAAACAGCGCCAGAGUUUAAACUACCAGCACCCCCAAUACAAGCGGAAGUUCAAAGAGAGGAGGAGGGAGGAGAAGCCCAAAAUGGACAGGAACAUACGGAGUCUGCACAAGGAUCAGAAACGCUAUCGCAGGAACUAGGCAGCCUGAACAAGAACCAGUCAUCCCCUGUUCGAGAAACUUUCACUUGCGGCAGGGAUAUUAUCGGGAUCGCUUUUCAAAGAAGAGGAAUCCCAGCCACUGCAAUACCAACAAUAACCAACUCAUUAUCGGAAGGAACACUAAAACAGUACACUAGCUGUUUUAGAAAAUACUGGGAGUUCAGCAGAGUAAAACAAUACACGGACCCUUUUUUAUACAGUCUAGAUAGGUACCUAAAAUUUUUAGCACAAAUAUUAGACAAUGGUAGGUCCUAUUCUAUCAUCAACUCAUAUAGAUCUGCUCUAAACCUUAUUUUUGCACCAAAUGAACAAGAUUCAAAAUACAUUAACAGGUUUAUAAAAGGCGUAGCAAACAUAAGGCCCCCCAAGCCAAAAUACUCCCACACGUGGAAUCCGGAUUCGGUACUAACAGUUAUAAAAAAGUGGCACCCUCUAGACUCGCUAAAAUUAGAACAAUUAACCCGUAAGCUUGUUUUUCUAAUGGCAAUCACGUCGGCAACCCUGGUACAAACCUUGUCAAAAAUUAAAAUCGGGGACAUAAAUAAAAAAGAAGACAAAAUUGAAAUAAGAAUAUCGGAAAAAAUCGAAACUUCAAAACCAAAUACAAGCCAACCACUCUUACUAUUUCCAUAUUUCAGAGAGGCACCUGAGUUAUGCGUGGCGCUUACUAUUGACCAUUAUCUAGAAAAGACCGCACAAUAUCGAAACAAUUACGAAAAAUUAAUUUUAACUCAUAAGAAACCCUUCCACCCAGCGACAACACAAACUAUAAGCCGAUGGCUUAAAGCGGUUCUCAAAUUGGGAGGAAUUGAUACCACAGUUUUUUCUGGACAGAGUACGCUCCACGCAUCGACUUCAGCGGCCUCCAGGAAAGGCCUAAAUAUUGACCUUAUACGACAAACAGCCGGUUGGACCCCAUCUUCUAAUACGUUCUUCAAAUUUUAUAAUAGACCUUUAAUUGAACCCAGAGAGGAAUUCGCUAAAAUAAUUUUAAGUACAGGGAAAUAACAGUUGUUUUCCUGUGCUUAAAUUUAUUAUAUAUACCUACCUAGUAAAGAAAUUACAUAUAGCAACGAAAGUUACUUUCAUUACUUAUGAGAGGCUGCCUAACUUCUGCGAUGGAUUAAUUUAAUUAUCAAAGAUUUUUGUACGUGUUUAGAAUUCUAUUAUUAUAUUAUUAAUAACACUAUUAGAUUUAAUAGGGUUAGUACAUACAUUUUUCUGUACAAA